AUGUACUAUAAAAUUCGGCCUUCAACGGGCAAGCUGGAAGAGCAAAUAGCUGAGACUAAGAAGUUCCUUGAUGACUCCAACUAUGAAGAUAACAUAGAGAUUCCCUCAAACUUCGGUCUCAAAAAGUUAUGGGGAAAGUGGCGGCGAAAAAGAAAAUCAACCCGAGCACCAAUAGUAGAAACAACAAAACCAGCUGACCCAGGCACCUCCACCGCUAUACCGACCUCAAUUGGAACUCCUUCAACUUCCACCGCUAUUCCAACAUCAACUGGUCCAACAACAUCUCCAGCUAUACCAACUUCCACAGAACAGCCAACCACAUCUCCAGCUAUACCAACUUCAACAGAACCGCCAACCACAUCUCCAGCUAUACCAACUUCAACAGAACAGCCAACAACAUCUCCAGCUAUACCAACUUCAACAGAGCCGCCAACAACAUCUCCUGCGAUACCUUCAUCCACAACCACAACACAACAGCCAACAACAUCUCCAGCUAUACCAACUUCCACAGAACAGCCAACCACAUCUCCAGCUAUACCAACUUCAACAGAACAGCCAACAACAUCUCCAGCUAUACCAACUUCAACAGAGCCGCCAACAACAUCUCCUGCGAUACCUUCAUCCACAACCACAACACAACAGCCAACAACAUCUCCAGCUAUACCAACUUCCACAGAACAGCCAACCACAUCUCCAGCUAUACCAACUUCAACAGAACCGCCAACCACAUCUCCAGCUAUACCAACUUCAACAGAACAGCCAACAACAUCUCCAGCUAUACCAACUUCAACAGAGCCGCCAACAACAUCUCCUGCGAUACCUUCAUCCACAACCACAACACAACAGCCAACAACAUCUCCAGCUAUACCAACUUCCACAGAACAGCCAACCACAUCUCCAGCUAUACCAACUUCAACAGAACAGCCAACAACAUCUCCAGCUAUACCAACUUCAACAGAACCGCCAACAACAUCUCCUGCGAUACCUUCAUCCACAACCACAACACAACAGCCAACAACAUCUCCAGCUAUACCAACUUCAACCACAACCACAACACAACAGCCAACAACAUCUCCAGCUAUACCAACUUCAACAGAACAGCCAAGCACAUCUCCAGCUAUACCAACUUCAACAGAACAGCCAACAACAUCUCCAGCUAUACCAACUUCAACAGAACCGCCAACAACAUCUCCUGCGAUACCAUCAUCCACAACCACAACACAACAGCCAACAACAUCUCCAGCUAUACCAACGUCAACAGAACAGCCAACAACAUCUCCUGCGAUACCAACUUCAACAGAACAGCCAACAACAUCUCCAGCUAUACCAACUUCAACAGAACCGCCAACCACAUCUCCAGCUAUACCAACUUCAACAGAACAGCCAACAACAUCUCCAGCUAUACCAACUUCAACAGAACAGCCAACAACAUCUCCAGCUAUACCAACUUCAACAGAACCGCCAACAACAUCUCCUGCGAUACCAUCAUCCACAACCACAACACAACAGCCAACAACAUCUCCAGCUAUACCAACUUCCACAGAACAGCCAACCACAUCUCCAGCUAUACCAACUUCAACAGAACAGCCAACAACAUCUCCAGCUAUACCAACUUCAACAGAGCCGCCAACAACAUCUCCUGCAAUACCUUCAUCCACAACCACAACACAACAGCCAACAACAUCUCCAGCUAUACCAACUUCCACAGAACAGCCAACCACAUCUCCAGCUAUACCAACUUCAACAGAACAGCCAACAACAUCUCCAGCUAUACCAACUUCAACAGAGCCGCCAACAACAUCUCCUGCGAUACCUUCAUCCACAACCACAACACAACAGCCAACAACAUCUCCAGCUAUACCAACUUCCACAGAACAGCCAACCACAUCUCCAGCUAUACCAACUUCAACAGAACCGCCAACCACAUCUCCAGCUAUACCAACUUCAACAGAACAGCCAACAACAUCUCCAGCUAUACCAACUUCAACAGAGCCGCCAACAACAUCUCCUGCGAUACCUUCAUCCACAACCACAACACAACAGCCAACAACAUCUCCAGCUAUACCAACUUCCACAGAACAGCCAACCACAUCUCCAGCUAUACCAACUUCAACAGAACAGCCAACAACAUCUCCAGCUAUACCAACUUCAACAGAGCCGCCAACAACAUCUCCUGCGAUACCUUCAUCCACAACCACAACACAACAGCCAACAACAUCUCCAGCUAUACCGACUUCAACUGGAACUCCAACAACAUCUCCAGCCAUUCCAAUAUCUCCAACUACAACACCUGCUAUAACUUCAAGUACUGCAACUACACGAAACAAUCUGUGUAUAAAUUUUCCUCAUCUUCCGAUUUGCCAAAAUGCAUAA